GGGGCCAUGGGGAUCUCGGGGUGCCGCUGCCUGCGGGGGCUGCUCCUGCUGGGGGGGCCCGGCCGGGCCGCAGCUGCCCUGGCUGAACCCCAACUCUGCUACGUGCUGGACGCCGUCCUCUUCCUCAUCAUCCUCAUCCUCACCGGCCUCUACCUUCGCCUCAGGCUCUCGGUGAGAGCAGCGGCUCAAAAGCCCCCCGAGGUCGAGCCCGUUUAUGCCGGUCUCAGCUCCGAUCACCCCGACACCUACGAGACCCUGGAGAUGAAACGGCCCUGACACCCCCGGGACCCCCUGGGGCACCCCAAAACACCCCCGGGACCCCCUGAGACCCCCGGGACCCCC